CUUAUUACGUUCUUGGUCCGCCAUCUGAUCGGGUUAAUCCCAUCAUUGGUGCUUUCAUUGAGAGCAAUACUGUGAGAUAAGGCUGUGAGAUUAUGGCCGGACGAAGGACGAGACGUAACACUGCUGCUUCCGCCCAGUCGACGGUGAGGAGUGACAACCCUGAGCAGGGUAUGAUCGUUCCUGUCAAUGGGUCCAUCCGGUAUCCGGGACGUCCCUCCCGGGCAACCCCGUCAGGUACUGCGUACCGCGAGUUCUCCUAUCCACAGGAGCUUCAUGAUCCGGAAGAGGUUGAGAGGGAGAAACGAGCCAUUGCCAGACGCCGGGCGGAGGAAUUGGCCCGGAAUAGUAAAGUGAAUGAGGACUGGGCCAAGGAUGCAAGCCGGAUCGUCGGCGAUGGAAACGAAAACCCGCGGGGAUCCGUCUUUGAAAGGAUAUCUCGCCAGAAGGCUCACGUUAGUGAGAGGCUGGGGAAGAAUCCGGAUAAGGCACCCCAGGGUUGGAUACGACCUCAGGCCAGCCAGGUGGCAUCUUCCAAUCGCGAACCCCGGCAGCAAAACGGCCGUGGCGCGAGCCAAGUGCUGGUCCGGUCAUUCAGGAAUCUGGAGGAGGACGAGGUUCAAAGCCAAGCCAGGGUCCCAGCACCACGGCGUCUGGGGCCGCCGGUGCCGGAAGCUGGUGAAUUCCAAGAUCUGAGGCAGCAGAUUCAGGAGAUGCAGAGGAAGAUAAACAAGGGUCGAGUAUUCACUACCCACGCUAGUGACGCACUCAUGUGCCGGUGCUUCUUGCAGACAGUUGACAGCAAGGUCGCGGAUUGGGUCAACCAUAUCCCUGCCGGAUCGAUCCGGACAUGGGAUGAAUUGGGACUACGGUUCCUAGAGCAUUUCGCCGGGAACUGCCGUCCCAAAAAGCAUAAGCAUUUCACUCACUUGGCUUCGGUGCGACAGAAGCAUGGAGAAUCCUUGAAGAAUUUCCUUAUCCGAUGGAGGAAAGAGUCCAGGGAGGUUGAAGGAACCGAUGAUAAAUCCAGGUUGGCUAUGUUCACAGCGGCAUUACAGGAUGGACUCCUUCACAUCGAUCUUACUACUCAUCCCCCGGAUACCUUUGAAGAAGCAAUGGUCCGGGCGGGGAGGUAUGUGACCCUGGAAGAAAGGAAGGAGGAAAAGAAAGAGAAGACUCCUAAAGAAGAAGAGAAGACGGGAAAUAAGAAGCCGUUUAAAAAUAAGAAGCAGGGCUUCCCGGAUGGCCCAAAGGGCACAAGUCCUGGAACCUCGGAGAAGCACAAAUCUGCCAAUCCAGUCUUCACAUUGCCGGUGGCUGAGAAUGAUCACAACACGGAAGAUUGCUAUACUCUGAAGAAUGAGAUGGCAAGGCUAAUCCGCCGGGGUCAUCUAAAGAAAUUCGUGCAAGAUGGUGAUGCGGGAAAUCCCGGGAAUGCUCAGAAUGGAAAGCGCAGAGAUAAAGAAGUGGCCCAGGCCGAGGCCUGGGAGAAACGCCACAUUGGGCUCGAAGACGAAGAGGAGGAUUCGGAACCCGCACUGCAUCGCCAGAAGAGACACCACGGGUGUAACUUCAUCAUUGGAGGGAAUACUGGCGGAGACUCAGCCACAAGCCGGAAGAAGUGGGCUAACGCGGCGAUGGUCAACAAGGUGCUGGUCCCAGAAGGUAAGAAGCUGAAAACCGAUCCAAUUGUAUUUUCUAAUGCCGAUCUCCCAGAAACAGGGGUCCCCCAUAGGGAUGCCCUAGUGAUUACUAUUGAUAUAAUGGACUUAUUGAUCCACAAAACCCUUGUGGAUACGGGAAGCUCCAUUAAUAUCAUGUAUAUGGAUACGUACAAGGCUCUUGGUUUGACAAGGGAUGAAUUAUCACCCAUCAAGACUCCACUGACCGGGUUCACCGGUGACUCUAUUGAACCGGAGGGGGUGAUAACCCUCCCGGUUGAGAUAGGGGAUACUAAGGCUACCCGGAAGUUGGACAUGGAGUUUGUUGUGGUGGGGAUAAUCUCCAACACAAACAUUAUCCUGGGCAGACCCGGAUUGGAAGAUUUGGAGUGUGUCAUCUCGCCUCGUCACCUGUGCAUAAAUUUCCCAACCCCCCACGGAGUUGGAAUUGCCAGGGGAUCUCAGAGAGUGUCCCGGGCAUGGUAUUUGAAGGCAACCAAACAGCCGGUCAAGUACGAUACCCAAGUGGGAGAGGUGACUGCGCAGCUCCUGAGGGCUGAGGAAAAACGUCCCAGAGUAGAAGUUGCUGGCGACAUUGAAGAAGUGGAACUGGAGCCAGGCACGCCGGGAAGGUUGGUCAGGAUUGGCAAGGGCCUGGGGGCUGAACUCAGAUCACAAGUGAUUUCAGUCCUUAGAAGGUUCAGGAGGGUCUUUGCAUGGAGUCCAGCUGAUAUGCCAGGGCUGGAUCACAAGAUUGUAGUUCAUCGCCUAAAUGUCCUGCGGGAUGCUAAACCAGUGAAGCAGAAACGGAGGCAUUUGUCGCAGGAAAGAAGAGAUUUCGUGAAGAAGGAGGCUCACCGGAUUAUUGUGCUCAAGAAAGAGCCUUUGGCGUCACUUACCCGAAGCCCCGCGGCAUCUGCCCGGAUGACCAAGUGGGCAGUCUUCAUUAGUCAGUAUAACGUGGAGUUCAGGCCGCGCCCAUCCAUCAAGGGGCAAGCACUCACCGACUUUCAAGUUGAGUGCACCGCCAGAGAAAUGACAAGAGCCCAGGUUGAAACCCGGGUGGAAAAGGACUGGUGGGUAAUGAGCAUUGAUGGAUCUUCGGGAUCUCGAUCUUGCGGAGCAGGGAUCGUCUUGAUCACCCCAGAAAAAUUCCGGAUUUAUUACGCUAUCAGAUUUCAGUUCCGCGUAUCCAACAAUGAAGCUGAAUAUGAGGCCUUGAUCAACGGAUUGAAGAUUCUUAGUAAGAUGGGAGUAUCCAGGGUUCGGGUUUACAGCGACUCCCGAUUAGUGGUGGGACAAAUCACAGGGGAGUUUGAAGCAAAGGAAGAAAGGAUGAAGAGGUAUCGGGACUUGUCUUUAGAGAUUUUGGGGAGGUUUGAGUUUAAGCUUGAACAUAUACCCCGGGCCCAGAACGCAGAGGCCGAUGUUCUAUCCAAGCUCAGCGCAGAGUCACCGGAAUACAUAAGCAAAUUAGCAACCGUCGAGGAACUGGUAACCCCGAGUCUUAACAGCAAUGAGGUGAUCUGGGUAUCAGCAGAUCCUCCGGAAUGGCUGGACCGGUUGGCCAAAUACAUUGAGGACGGUGAAGCCCCGGAAAAUCCCGAAGAAGCACGUCUGUUGCGAAUGAGGGCACCUACCUACCAGGUACAGGAUGGAGUCCUCUAUAAGCGAUCUUACAACGGUGUUUUACUCCGUUGCCUCAGGGCAGCAGAGGCAAAGGCACUAAUGGAAGAAAUACAUGAAGGAGAUUGCGAAGAGUAUGUACGCAAGUGCCCGACCUGCCAACAAUUCCAGAAUAUACCCGGGAGGCCGGCCACGAAUUACACGCCUAUCAGUUCUGUGAUUCCCUUCUCAAGAUGGGGGAUUGAUAUUGUGGGAGCUCUGCCGAAAGGAGCUGGGCAGGCAAGGUGGAUUGUGGUGGAGAUAGACUAUUUCACAAAGUGGGUGGAAGCUGAGCCACUUGCCGGGAUUACCGGAAGGCAGAUGAUCGACUUCGUCGGAACGAAUAUACUCUGCAGGUUUGGGGUCCCGAGGCAGAUCAUAUCUGACAAUGGAACCCAGUUUGAGGAAGCAGAGUUUCAAGACUUCCUCAAAACUUGGGGAAUUCAGCACACAAAGGUGUCUGUUGCGUACCCUCAGGCUAAUGGACAAGUGGGGAAUGCCAACGAGGAAGAAUCAGAAGAAGAAUCGGAAAUAGUGAGAUCAAUAAAGACAACUCUGUUGGCGUUAUUAGCCAUGUUGAGAAAUUGAUUGUGAUGAUGAAGGGGAUCAGCCUAGUCCCUUAAAUAGGCGAGUAAUCCCAGAGGAGAAAGUGCAAGGGACGCGGAGUCAAAGUGCUUAUCCGAUUGGGAAGCAGUUGCGAAUUCCCGAGGAGAGCUAGGGUUGCGUCGUCUUAUUAUUGGGCUAGGGUGAAUUGGGCCCGGCGUAAUUAAGGUGGGCUAGUCACGUAGCGCAAUGGUAAAUAAGAAGAACAGAAUUUU